GUUUAAUUCGCGUUGGCCACUGGAUUGCUGACCUUUUCCCUAGAAAGGACAAUGCAGUUGAUGCUUUCAUCCAAUAGCCUACCUGCUUAUCCCAUGUAUGUCCCUGUGGGGAUGGAUUCAGUGGUCCAAGCGCUGCAUCUACUGGUUUACUCGUUUAUUGCAAUUACUGGUUUGGUCAUCUAGCUCCUAUAUACAUAUGCGUGUACGCUAUAAUGUUCGCCUAUCAAUUACUGCGAGGCACUCAUGUCAGAUAAAUCAAGCGUCAAAUAAAUCAAGCGUCAGAUAUAUCAAGUGCCCGAGCAUAGCGCCGUUAGUUAUACUGCCAGCUUGUCUGCAGACUACUUAUACCUGUUCUGUUCCGCUGGUGUUGCUCGAUUCUUGUUUGGAAGCAGAAUUAACUACUUAUAAUGCCUAUACAGCCAUCGCGUAGGCUGUCGCAGUAUGGGUGUUUAGAAUGCGACGAGAGACACGUCAAGCGCUACUCUCUACCUCGCAGCGCGAAGUUCAGAUAUAUGACAUCCACCAUCAUGAUCAACUCUCCAUCGACACCGUCUGCCACCUCCCCAUCCAACUAUAGCGACGCUAUCGACCUCGCUGGAACACCCAAUACGCAAGACCUCGAACUCACCCUCCAAUGGUGCACCGCAACCUAUCGCUCCAUCGCCACAAGCACCUCCGUCGAGAAAACCUGGCAGGCUGUUAUUCCCCAAGAGGCCAUUGCCCAUCCCUUCCUCACACACGGACUUAUGGCGCUGUCCGCCCUUCACGUCGCUUCUACCGGCGAUGACCAUUCGAAAGAGGAAUACAUCACGACGGCGCAGAGUCACUAUAACAAGGCCGUGUGCGGAUUCGAAAAGGCAGUCAAAACCCUCAACAAGUCUACAUGCGACGCUGUAUUCGCCAUGUGCCAUAUCGACCUUGUAUAUUCCUUCGCCUUGCCUCUGACAAUGCAAUCAUCCAACAACAACCCCAUCGACAACCUCUGCCACAUCCUCACCCACAUCCAAACCUCAUCACCCACCAUAACAGCCACCAACAACUCCAUCACAAAAGACAACCCCCUCAACCCCCUCUCACCCCGCCCACCAUCCAGCCACGACGCCCGCAUGCCCAACACCUCCCAACUAGCAAUAACCGCCCUCACAAGACUGAACAACACCCUAUCCACCCAAGACCCCUCCCACCCCGCAUCAACCUACACCACAACAAUAACCCACCUCGCUUCCUCUCUCGAAACCCUACUCCACAGCAGCAACAAUGAAGAAACUCCCCUAUCAACCAUGCAAUGGACCUACCACGUCCCAGCCGCCUUUCUCGCUCUCGUGCGCUCAAGAAGGCCGUUCGCGCUGGUGUUGCUCGCGCAUUAUGCGGUGAUACUGCAUGCGAUGCGCGCAUCUUGGUGGGUGGGUGAGUGGGGGGAGCGGAUCAUUCGGGAGUGUGGGUUGGCUUUGGGGGGUGAGUGGAGGGGUGCGUGUGGGUGGGUGGUUGAUGCGACGGGGGUUUUUGUGAACCUUCCUUGA